UGCUGCCAGGACGACCCGAGAUCGCGCUCGCCCAUUGGCGCGUCGCGCCGACGUGGGCGGGGCCCCGUCGCUUUCGAGAGCGCAGCUUAGAGCGGGAUCAUUAAAUGAACUCCUCUCGUACCUGCACAUAAUACGAAAUAUCGGCUCGAUAAGUGCAAUUUGCGCGUUUUUGUUUUUACCAAAACAAAGAUGGAAAUCGACCGGACGUCGUCGAGCGCGUCGAAUUCGCCCCAAUUUUCGCAGAUCCAUUCGAAUUAUUACGGGGAGAGCGUGUGCGCUUACGGCAAGAAGCUCGAGUUCGAGAGCUACCUCAACAAGAGCUUCCAGAAGAAGGAGUUCGACGGUUGCAAGAAUGUCAUCGGAGAGGACCUCAUUAAAAAAGGUGGUGAUAGUGACAGAAAGAGCGAGUGUUUUGUGAAGAAGAUGGUGGAUAAUCGCAUACAUUUAAACAACGUGGAAGGAUAUGGGAAGAAGCUGCUGAGUUUUUCGGCCGAUGAGGUACAAUGCAUGUGCGAGGCGCUACAUCAACGGGGGGACGUCGAGCGUCUCGCCACCUUCCUUUGGUCGCUGCCACCCUCCGAGCUGUUGAGAGGCAACGAGAGCAUCCUCAGGGCGCGCGCCGUCGUCGCCUUCCACAGGGGGUCCUUUCACGAGCUCUACGCCAUACUCGAAUCGCACUCGUUUAACCCGCGCUGGCACACCGACCUGCAGAACCUGUGGUUCCGCGCCCAUUACAACGAAGCCGAAAAGAUACGGGGACGUCCACUAGGAGCGGUAGACAAGUACAGGUUACGCAAGAAGUACCCCCUGCCGAAGACAAUCUGGGACGGGGAGGAGACGGUUUACUGUUUCAAGGAGCGCAGCAGGAACGCCCUGAAGGAGUGCUACGCGCGCAACAAGUAUCCGACGCCCGACGAGAAGAGGGCGCUCGCGAAAAGGACGGGACUCACGCUGACGCAAGUGUCGAAUUGGUUCAAAAAUAGACGGCAAAGGGAUCGCACGCCGCAAUCAAGGCCCAGUCGACGGCUCGCCGGUGGAGGUUAAUGGGGAGGCAUUUCCUGAGCGACAGUGUCUGGUUAACCACCUUCGCUUUAUGGGUUCUGUGUGUGCGUGAAAAAUCGAAAUUAAUUUCGUUCCCUGCGGUAGCAAGCCAAAC